CCGUAAAAAUGCUUUAUACCCUAAUAGGACAGUACGUAACAGAGUUGCGAGCUAACGAAAUUAUAUGCAAUCAUGUCGGGUUUCUUACCGGACAGAACGUUUCUUUCCGUUGGACGAAUAUGUACCAAGCUCGGUAUGUGACGAUCGUCGUACUCUGCUGGUUCACCGUAAUUUACGGUAACGUUGUAAGGAAUGAGGAUAUUUGUGGAACACAUAAUGGCAGACGUCUAUAUCUCGAACUCGGCGAAAAGGGUAUUCUUUAUGCUAAAAAUGUAUCCUUCAUAAAAAAUGCACCUAGACAACAAACAUCACGAAUUUAUGCGACUAAUAGUUCGCAUGAUCAAUGCAGUCUCGAAUUAGUAACCUGUCCGUCAUGCGUUAUAAUAGUUACUUUCAAGAAUAUUGCAUUAUCGCAUCAUUGCGGUGAUGGUGGUGUUAUGAUGGAUAAUCCGUGCAGAUGUGAUUACGUUUGGAUUUCCGAGCCACCAUAUGAAGACGUUUCAGGUACACCUUUCUGCGGUUUAUAUUCACCUAUCAUAUACAGAUCGAGUACCAGAACGCUAUCCAUCACUUUGCUCUACAGUCAAUCGCAUAAGCAUGCUUUUACACUGGAAUAUACGGCCGAAAGAAACAGACUACAUCUUAAAGGAACAGAAAUGAUGACAGCAGUUACAAAAGGUCUGAACAGUACAGGUGGAGGUAUUCUUACAUCACCGUUUUUUCCAGCUCGAUAUCCACGAGACUUAGGUUUGGAAUACCUAAUAACAUGUCCUUCCGAAGCUCCAUCAUGUCGAGUCAGAUUGUUGUUCAGCGAUUUCCAAUUAGCUACGGUUUCUAUCAUGGAAUUUUACGAUUGGAACGGUCAGCGACUCGACGUUAGCAGUGGUGCGAGAUUUCGUCCACCGGUGAUAGUAAGUUCCGGCCCUUCCCUUUUAAUAAGAUUCUACGCUAAUGGUGGUACCGGGCUAGGAUACAAAGCCUUUUAUUCCUUCGUUAUCGGCCAUCUUUACGACAAGUCGAUUCACCCUAUAACGGAUUGUGGAGGAUACGUAGAAAAUUUAGGUGGGGCCAUCACUAUGAUGGACAUGGUAGGUCAAGGCGUAAAAACUUACGAUUGCGUGUGGCUGAUCAGACCACCUAAGAAUUUCCUCCACAUGAAGACUCAUAUGUAUUUAAAAGUGGUUGCUUUCGCUGACAUGGCUGGGAACACGGAAUUGACUAUAAAACAAGGGCCAACGUCAGCUCUUUUACCUCUGGAAGUUUUAAGACAUCCUGUCAGCCAACUACAACCACUUAGACACAGAGAACACAUCGCUCCUGUUACCAGUGGAUUUCACGUGAGCCUUCGUGGUACUUUUGGUUCCACAUCGCAUCUAGCUAUAGCCUACACCGCUUUCAGUUACAUGGACUGCUUCACGGGCUCCGACUUUCUGUGUCAAAAUCACAGAUGCAUACCGAGCCAACUUAAUUGUGACGGAUUCGAUCAUUGCGGAGACAACAGUGACGAACCAGCUACAUGUUUCAGAGAUUGGGACGUUGAACCUCAAGAUAGAAAAUGGCAUACGAAUAAAGCGAAUUAUUAUUUCCCAAAGAUCGACCGUUACCCUGAUUUAAAAACAGCUACAUUGGUCUUCGUUGCGAGUAGCCUUGGUUUAAUCGUUUUGAUAUCGGCCCUUAUCGUAUUAUUAUACAGAAUGGGUGCCAGAGCUAGACAGCAGAGAGAAUUACAAUCUCGUUUACAGACUAUCAGUGAGCUCCUAGUCUUUGACAUUACAGACGGAGCAAGGAUCGAUGAAAUCUCAGUGGCGGAUGACCCACCGGUUUACGAAGCACCACCUGGAUACGACGAAGUCAUCAAACUAAGCUUAGAAUCCGACGGUCUUAGACAAAAGAAGAGAAGCUUCAGUCGCGAGCCACGAAGUACAAGUUCGCCAAGUCGAUGUUCACACGAGCAAGAGCCGCAGUCAUCCAUGUAUCUAGUAGUAGAGGGAGCCAGUACAAGUCGUGGUAGUCAAACAACUCCAACGACCUCUACUACGAGGAAUCCAAGAGUUCCUGAGAGUCCACCACCACCAUACGUUACUCCUCCGGGAUCAAUCGGGAGAAAUCUUAAUAUUUCAGAGAUACCUUCUUCUUCUUCGGGAUCGGGUGAAAUCGAGAUUAUCGGAAGAAAAAGAUAUCGCCGUGCCUGGUUACGAAAAAGUUGUGACUUCUCUCGAUCCCAGCCAUCUAAUAACGAGGAUAUAGUACCGAUGAAAGGUCCUUCUUCAUCGCUCGACGCAGAAGUCCUUGGUGCGUAUCUCCAGGACUACAUUGCCUCGUGUUCGAGCUGCACGACCGAUUGCUCUGUUCCACAGCCGAACAGCUCUCAGAAUGCAUCGAUCGACAUCAACGGAGACUCGCAAGAGACAGGAGAAGGCGUAGGAACAGACGAAGACAAGGGACAUCAGGUCGCCGUCGUCGAUAAUUCGCAGAAUGGAAAUACCGACGAGUGUGCUUGUGAGGGUGCCUGUGGAUGUGUCAAUAAUCAGUCAGUCUUAAUCAACGAAAUCAAGAUCAAGCAGGACGAAGAAGAACUCGAAGUUCCGAUGAACGAAGAAUUUUCAGAACAAACGGCGGAUGAAUCAGGCAUGAAUAAGAAUAGGGAACACGAGGAGGAAGAGUUAUCUCAUAAAAAUGCUAUUAUCAGACUUCUCGGUAGCAGCUGUUCAAGGCAUAGCAGAUCAUCGUCCAUUAGUAAUGUAAAUUCGACAGCUAUAUCCACGACAACUUCGACUCCUUGCGGUACAUUAGGAAGAUCCUUUAGGAAAGUGUCCGUCUGUUCGCGUGACAGUUAUGCAACUAAAAUAUCCACCAUCAGCGUCUGCAACAGUUACGAGAAACUUCACGAUGAGUUUCAAUUCAUAUCCGAAGCAGCAAGCGUUAUUGGGGCUACUAAUCCAAGCACUAUGGCUAAUACACCUAUUAGCACACCGAAAAUCAUCAAUCUUCAACGUAGACGAGCUAGAAGAUACUCCAGCUGUGAUCUGAAUAGUUUUUACGAGAGUAUCAAAAUCUUGGAUUCUUACCUUGCGCAUAGAGGGAAGUCUAAUCAAGGUCGUAGACAAUCGACCGUUGCUGUAAUGCUCUUUGGUACUCCUGAACACUCUGGAAGACGUCUAACUCGCAUUUCUAGAUCGGCCGAAGGAACGAUACGAACUCGUACUCGCAUCUGGCGUUCUAACGAUGAUACCUUGUUCAAUUGAUCUUCCUAGAAAUUACUUGAAGAAUUUUUUCCUUUCUCUAUUCGUUAGAUUUUAGAUGACAAAGAAAUUUGCAAAUUUUAUCAAGAUGUUCGAUUAUUGUGAAAUAAAAGAAAGAGAAAUGUGUCUAUAGA